UUUUUUUAUGUCGGCACAACAAAAAUACUUAGGUUAAGUUAAUUUCUAUGAUAUGCCAAGUAUAUUCUAGAACUUAUAUUGAAUCUUUCCAAACGCUGGAUUAAGGUGGUCAAUUUCACGAUCAGACAUCAAAUUGAUUUUUAACGGACGCGGAUGACCUUUGGAGAACUUAGAGGAAAAACUGUUUAAAAAAUCAAAGUAAAUCUUAUAUAUACAAUAUGGUUUUAUACAGUAAGACGGAUUAAAUGCAAUUAAAGUAGUAAUGGAGUCUGAGAAAAACGAUGGAUCAAUUCGUGCUCCUUUAACUGUGGACUGUGUAUUGAAUGGCGACAUUGACUAUGAUCUCCUUAGUCCCAAAGACAGACCCAAACCAUGUAUGCCUUGGUUUGGCUUAGAUAUUGGUGGUACACUAACAAAGCUUAUCUACUUUGAGCCAAAAGACUUUACAGAACUAGAAGAAGAACAGGAAAAAGAAACAGCUAAAAUCAUAAGAAAGUAUUUAGUUGGAAACACUGCCUAUGGAACCUCAGGGAUACGAGACGUUCAUUUAGAAAUGAAGGACCAAUUGAUUGGAGGUCGUAGAGGAAGUCUCCAUUUUAUACGAUUUCCUACCAGUAACAUGGAGGGGUUUAUAGAUUUGUGCAAAGCUAAGCAUUUCAACACUUUAGUCACAGAGAUUUGUGCAACAGGAGGGGGAGCAUAUAAAUUUGAGAAAGAUUUUGUCAAGGCUGUAAACCUCCAUCUCCAUAAGUUUGAUGAACUUGACUGUCUGUUAAAAGGAAUCCACUAUAUCGACAGACACAACGAAAAAGAGUGUUACUAUUAUAAAAAUCCAGAGGAUCCAGAUAGCUGCCAGAAAGUCCCAUUUGAUUUCAAGAACCCUUAUCCCUACUUGGUAGUUAAUAUAGGAUCAGGGGUCAGCAUUUUAAGUGUUCAUGGACCAAACAAUUAUCAAAGGGUCAGUGGAACAAGUCUUGGAGGGGGUACAUUCCUAGGGUUGUGCUGUUUACUGACUGGGUGCCAAACAUUUGAAGAGGCAAUAGAACUUGCAUCUCGGGGGGACAAUAAGAAAGUGGACAAACUUGUUAAGGAUAUCUAUGGUGGAGAUUAUCAGAAAUUUAAGCUCACUGGAGACAUUGUAGCCAGCAGCUUUGGCCACAUGAAUCAAGCAGAGAAAAGGGAGAAAGCUAGUAAGGAGGAUCUAGCACGAGCAACUCUGACCACAUUGACCAAUAAUAUAGGGUCCAUAGCUAGAAUGUGUGCUCAAACUCAGGGAUUGGAGAGAGUUGUGUUUGUUGGUAACUUCCUGCGUGUUAACACAAUUUCCAUGAAACUUUUAGCCAAUGCCAUGGACUACUGGUCUAAUGGAGCUCUGAAGGCCCUCUUCUUGGAACAUGAGGGUUACUUUGGUGCAAUGGGAUGUCUUAUGGAAUAUGUUGGACAUAGUGGCUCUAUAAGUUUUGAUAGAUAUCAGCAAUUUGACCAAUAGAUGUUCACAGAUUAUUCCAUGCAAUACAGAGACUGCUUUAUUACAAGCUCCUGUUCUACAACCAUUUCCAUUCAGAUUUGUUCAAAUUAAAUGUGCUGAGUUGAAAGUACAUUACAGGGUUUUAUAUUCCGUAGAGACCAAAGGUUAGAAGAAGAUCAAUUUUGAUCUGUACAUGUAAUUUUGUUCAUAUCUUUUAACUUGUUCAUUACUGUAGAGUGAACAAGAUGAGGUCCAGGGUCCAAGUCUUAAUGCUAGUUAAUGUUAAAAUACAAUGGGAAGGUAAUUCAUGUGUGCAUAAACAUGUAUUGCUUGAGUGAUAAUGGGCAUUAAGUUUAUUUGUAGAGCUCAAAUUGUUAUAUAUUGUAGAGAGCAUUGAAAUCUGUUACGUGUUUAUCAUAUAGUUUCCCCUGUAGGGAAACUGCUUAAAGUGAUUCAAAAUGAAAACAAAGCUUUAUGCCUAAUAUGUUUUCAUUUAUUGUACUGGUACAUGUAUAUUCAGAUUUUCAUUGUUAUUUAGAUUUAUCAAGAACAAUCAUUAUAUUGGCAGUUUUAUCUUAAUUGACUGGUCAUCAAACAGAAUAAUUCUUGCAAUAGUUAAGUGUCUGGUGUCAGUUCAUCUUUUUUUUGUCCUCCUUGUUAAGUUUUCAUCUAAUUCAACAAUUCACAAGUGGACCACAUUAAUAUGCAUUUGAUUCUUUUUACAAGAAUCUGAUUUCGAUAAAUUUCAUCACCAUGUUUCUUUAAAAAAACACCAGUAACAUUAUUUUAAAAACCAAUUCUCCAGAACAGCAAGUCUCAUUGAAUUAAUUCAAGUUAAGAAAAUAUCUUUACAUUAAAUUUUAUAAGUUCAUUUGCAACAUUUAGAUAAUGAUGAAUGUGAACCAGAAAAGCAAGAGUCUCAUCAGAGACUUCUGAUUAAAUGAGCUAUAGGGAAAAUAAACUAAAAUCAGGGAUGUCAUGUUUCCAUAUUUUCCAUGAAUACACAAGACAAAACGUAAUUUAGCAGGAUUUACUAAUACACAUAGUCAUUUUCCCCAUUUUGAGUUGAGAAGAAAAAAAUUGUAUAAAAAGUUUUUAAAAUCAAUUUCAUUAGAAGUACUUGGGAUUCAGGGUAAUCUUUACAUAAUGUAGCUUAAUUUAAAGAAACAAAAUUAUCUUGCCCAAUAGUAAUUUUCAUUUAACAUGUUACUUUUCUUUAAACAUGUUACAUU